CGUAUCGUGGAUAUCGUAUCGUCACAACUCUGGCGUGGAGUAAACGAACGCGCCCCCGCCCAUCUCGUCAUCAUUGCCUGUCUAUGACAACGCGACAACUGGGCCUUGUGGUUGUAGCAGCCGAACGCGCUCCCUCGCGCCGACUCCACGUGGGACUGCUCGUUCCGCGCGAGCGGUGACUUGCAAUAAUCGGUGGCAGCCAUGGGUACACAGGAAGAGCUCUCCCACCUCUAUCUGGAGUACACGGGCACAGCAAGUGGCACAGUCACCCCUCUGCAGACGGCAAUCACCCUCUUCUUGCUGUCCUACUGCCAGGAUGUGGCAGUCAAGGUUCACCUGGUGUCCGAAGAGGAGGGAGCAGCGAUCGACGACACGCCGACCUGGGCGCCGCCCGGCCUCCACGUUACGUCCAUACGACGCUCGGACCUCCCGCCAAUCGUCCAGCGCUGUCUGCUGCCCGCACUGAUCGACGACGCCUCGGACGGGGCGGGCGGCCCGCAGGGCGCCGCUCGGGUCGGCCCGACGGAGGGCGAGUGCGGGCUCCCGGGCGUGCCGAAUUGUGCGGCGAGCGGAGACGGCUCGGCCGGUCCGGGGAAGCGCGCCGGGCCGCCCGCUUCGGAGCGGCCCGGCGCCGAGCUGUGCCGGGCCGGGCUCGCCGUGGUGCUCCGCUUCCUGGUGCAGAGGGCGGCCAGGAGACGGGCGGUGCUGCUGCAGCUGCUGGGCUUCAGGCAGACGUGCCUCAAGGCCUGCGCCGAGGUGAGCCAGUGGACUCGUCUCUGCGAGGUCACCUUCCCAGCCGCCGUGCAGUCGCUCGUGAACGCCGUGCGGAGCAGUCCGCAGCCACCGUGUCGCCGGUCCUCUCUCCCGCAAGAGGUGCUUGAGCUGGAGCGUCGGCUGGGUGAGCCUGUCCGUGUGCACAACGACGACAAAUUACGGCGCGUUAAGCUGCGGGGACGGCAGCAGAAGCAGCAGCAGCAGCGGGAGCAGCAGCAGCAGCAGGAGCAGCGGGAGCAGCGGGAGCAGCAGCAGCAGCAGGAGCAGCGGGAGCAGCGGGAGCAGCAGCAGCAGCAGGAGCAGCGGGAGCAGCGGGAGCAGCAGCAGCAGCAGGAGCAGCGGGAGCAGCGGGAGCAGCAGCAGCAGCAGGAGCCGGCCAUGUGUGGUGAUGCGGGCCAGGAGAGCACGGUGGAACUGGCGGCCGCUCUGGCGCGUUUGGCGUGCGUGGGGAGCGGCGCGGGGCCCGGGCGCGAGGCCCCCAGCGUGCGGCGCGUGGUCACGGCCCAGCUGCCCGCGCUGGAGCACGUCUUCGCAGAGGGCCUCUAUUUCACCCUCACGGAUCUUGUCCUCUUCCCUUGCGUGCACCUCCUCCUGGCCCAGCUCCUCUCCUCUGGCCAGGCCGAGGUCCUGCUGGCGGUGCCGCUCGUCACGGCGUGGUACGGCCGCGUGAGCGCCGUGCCGGCCGUUAGGCAGGCGGCCGCGGGGGCCGGUCUGCAGCCCCUCGACCUGCCCCCAACGCACGCCACGCCGCUUCCGUCCUCCGCAAGCCCGGGGCCGGCGCGCGCCGUCGACCCUGAGGCCCUGGGUUCCGACAAGGCGGCUCCGCCGGUUGCCGCCGACAACAGCCGAACGGCUUCCGCGAGUCUCGAGCAGCAUUUCAAAGGCGGCCCUCGCCCCACGCUUGCAAAACUCAAGGAGGCGGGCAUCGAAGCAUGUCUGGACCCCCACCCUUGCUGUCAAAUCACUCUUCCGUGGGGUGACUAUCCCGCGGCUGUGAACCCUGAAGAAGGACAGCUGUCCGAGGCGAGGGCCCUGCGGAAACGGCAGCAGCUGGAGAACCUCGUGGGCUGCGUUCGCUCCCUGGCCCAGCCGUCGCACGUCAUCGUCGACUUCUGCAGCGGAGGGGGCCACCUUGGGAUCGUGCUGGCCUACCUGCUGCCCCAGUGCCAAGUUGUGCUGGUGGAGAAUAAGGAGCAGUCACUGGAGAGGGCCCAGUCUCGCUGCCGGGGCCUGGGCCUCAGCAACGUGUCGCUCUACCAGUGCAAUCUCGACUACUACCAGGGGGCCUUUGACAUCGGGGUCGCGCUGCACGCGUGCGGGGUGGCCACGGACAUGGUGCUGGAGCGGUGCGUGCGGGCGCGCGCUGCCUUCGUCGUCAGCCCCUGCUGCUACGGCUUCAUCCAGAACACGGACAAGGUGUCCUUCCCCAAGAGGCGAGCGACGCCCGCGUGCGAGCGGCGGUGCCUGUGCGUGCGCUCCCGUGCGCACGCCGGGGAGCACAGGAGCCAGAUGUUUCAGGAGGUGUUAUCCUAUCGGGAGCACAUGGUUUUGUGCAGGUUCGCCGACCAGACCGCGCAACACCUCUCCGCUGACAGACGCAGCACAGGAAAGGCGUGCAUGACGUUGGUCGACCAAGACAGGGCCGCAGCAGCCGCAGAGAGCGGAUUCCACGCCCACGUCCACUCCAUGAAUCCUGAGACGUGCUCUCCCAAAAACAGCAUCCUCGUUGGGGUCCUGGACGCACGCUUCCUGGCGGACACGACUACCUCCCCCCCGCUGCUCCUCUCCCACAGUGUUCGCUGCACAAGCUCAGAGUUAGGCCCCCCCUGAGCAUUCACGUGGGGCGGGCAGGGGGAGAGACGCAGGACGGGUGGAAGAGUUGGGGCCAGGCUCGACGUGUAAACAGAGCUGAGCUCUUAUUGUGUACAGUUGUGGAAUUUAAGCUGACAAAAAAUGCACACGUACGGGUUUUUAAUUGGAACCGUGCGUGUGAUGCGGCGCGAGUUGGUCACGGCCUCCAGGGACUUUAUUUUUGAGUCUGAAUUCCAAGAAGUGUUUCCAGAUUUUACCGUGAUUUAUUGAACAGUUAUUUUUUAAGCUCUAUUAGUUUGUUUGGAUAGAAACAUAUCUUGUUUAUAUUACUUAUGUUUGUAGUUGUCACUUAUUUCACUGUCAUUUAAACUAACUUUUAAGUAAAUGCCGCGAUGAAUAUACAUGCAUUCAAGCAAAA